UCGGGUACCGGUACCUGCAUUGUAGCACCGGGCUGGGCGCGGCUGGCUCUACACCGCGUGUGGGUGUCCGCGUGUGCGUGUCUGGUGCUUGUGAUUGUGUAGUGCGCAGUGCGAGUGUUUGCGUGUGUGUGCGUGUGUGGCGCGUGCGUGUAAAGUGCAAAAGAAAAGGGGACUUUACGACUUUUGGUACCAGCAAGAAACUCAAAGAUGGGGCAUUCGCUGAGGUUACAUCUAUACACGUGGUGCUUAAUACAGGCGGUGCUGUGCCAGACUGACUACACGACCGAGGUGUCGGCGACCGAGCUUUACACGGCUUUCGGCACGGCCGUGGACGGCGCCGUGACGGAGGACGCUGCCAACGCGCUGUACACCGGCAGCGCGAGCGGCUCGGACGGCACGGCCACCGGCGGCACGGGCACCGCGGGCACCGCGGCCGCGGGCACAGGCCUGGGCUCGGGCGGCGGCGGCACGGCCAGCGGCGAGCUGGCCAACGACACGCUGCUGCUGGCCAACGAGACGGCGCACGGCGAGCUGCUGGCGCACGAGGCCAGCGAGCAGAGCUCGGUGGUGUUCGUCGCCGACCCUGAGGGCUACGUUCCCAUCCAGCCCGUGCAGCCCGCGCGGCCGACGCGGCCGGCCAAGAAGACGGUGUCCUCCACGUCGUCCACGUCGUCCACGGCCUCCACGCCGUUGUCCUCGGCGGCGCCGCCCCCGGGCCGCCUGCAAGCCGCCGCCUCCGACAGCCCCGAGUACCGCGCGCCGCUGGAGACCUGGGACCGCGACUACCGCCGCCUGCGUUCCAACAACACCCGAGUGCAACAUAUUGAGGCCGAGUGUCAGGACGACUACAUGAAGAUCCGCAUCGGUUUCAAUGGCUCGUUCGGAGGGCUUCUCUACUCGUCGGGCUACGCCUACGACCCCGAGUGCGUCUACAUCAACGGCACCGGCCGCGACUACUACGAGUUCUACAUCCAGCUCAAUCGGUGCGGCACGCUGGGCAAAAACUCCCUGGGCGAGGACAGCAGAAAGAACCCCACGAAAAACUUCAUGUGGAACACGGUGACCGUGCAGUACAACCCCAUGAUCGAGGAGGAGUGGGACGAGCACUUCAAAGUGACGUGCGAGUACGGUUACGACUUCUGGAAGACCGUCACCUUCCCCUUCCUGGACGUGGAGGUGGCCACGGGCAACCCGGUGGUGUUCACGCUCUCGCCGCCCGAGUGCUACAUGGAGAUCCGCUACGGCUACGGGACCGGCGGCACCCGCGUCACCGGACCCGUGCGCGUCGGCGACCCCCUCACCCUCAUCAUUUACAUGAGGAGCAAGUACGAUGGCUUCGACAUCGUGGUCAACGACUGCUGGGCGCACAACGGCGGCAACAAGAGGAUCCAGCUCAUCGACCAGUACGGGUGUCCCGUGGACGACAAGCUCAUCUCCCGCUUCAGGGGCACGUGGAGCGAGCAGGGCGCCUUCGAGACGCAGGUGUUCGCCUACAUGAAGACCUUCCGCUUCACCGGCUCGCCCGCCCUCUACAUCGAGUGCGACGUCCGGAUGUGCCACGGCCGCUGCCCGAGUCAACCUUGUCACUGGAGGAACGCGAAAUCGGUGUCGAAGCGAUCCGUGGGCGCGCCGCUGGGCCUGACGGGCCCGCUGGGCUCGUCCCUCGGACAGGUCGGCGCGCAGCUCGGCGGACAGGGCGACGGACAGGCGGGACAGCCCACGCAGGCGCCCGCGCUGUCCGAGAACGUCAACCUCUUCCAGAGCCUGCGCGUGCUGCAGGAGGGAGAGUCGCUGGACGGAGUCACCUCGGCCAACAGCACGCUGUCGGACCAGCUCAACUCGGUGUGCCUCAAGUCGGGCUCGUUCCAAACGCUGCUGGGGCUGGGCUGCUCGCUGCUCUGCCUGCUGGCCUCCACCGUGCUCGUGCUCUGCUGCCGGGUGCGCCGGCUCUCGGCCACCGGCCGGAGCAAGGCGGACCGGCUGGCCAGCCUCGGCUCCGGGCUCGGCGCCGGCCUCGGCCCCAUCGCCGGCGUGGUGGGCCUCGGUGGGCUGGGCGGCCUCGGCUCCGGCCUCGGCCCCGGGCUCGGCCCGCUGGGGGAGCCGCGCUUCGACCACGGCACCUUCAUGACGCACAAGGGACGGAUCAACUGACGGCCGGAAGGGACGUCCGCCCCGCCGCGGCCGGCCUCGGCCCGCGCCUCCGACCCCGCCGCCCCCGCCGUCGCCCCAGGACCUCGGCACCAGGACGGGCAAGGACGGCCGCCCGGCUCGCGAGAUGAGUAGCUGCAUGUCAAAAUGUGUGUGUUGACUCUUGACGCUCGCCCUCACAAGCUGGGCCUCCAUAAACCAAGUUGGGCGUUCAAGUUUGUGAUUUCCGAAUGAGACUGUAAUUAUUAAUUUUGUUUUCAUACUCUUACGUUUGGUGCGGCCAGCGGACCCCAAGGGACCUGUGUGUCUCGAUUUUAUCUUAUUUUAUUUUUUUGUGUUGCCGCAUGACCUCUGUUUGUUGACAUUAACUUUGAAAAAGACAAACUACAAUUGUUUUUUUCUCGCGUCAAGUGUGGGGUGGAUGCUCUGAAAUCCUCUGGGUGUUGAGGAAAAGGAAACACGGUGUACAAAACGCCAACUGCCGUUCCGUACCGUCCGUGGGCCCAACCGGCGCCUCGGUGGGCCGCGGGCCGGGCCUUCCCUUUGGACACUGAACCCGUCGCUCGCUCGGUGUUCGGCCGCUGCGGUGCAAAUUACCCCGCUGUCCGCAACUGCCCUCGUCCCCCCCCCCCUCUCCUUCAACUGCGCCUCGCUACCCCGUAACUGAGACCAUUGACUGUCCUGGAUGGGUCCGAUGAGGCUCCCGUAUCAUUGUUUGAAGCCACGGCACUGGUUCGCUGGAUCGUCCUCUCCUUACCGCUCCCUCCUCGCUCCCUCUCCCUCCCUCACUCUCUGCCUCUCUAUCUCUCUCGCUCGAUCCUGCUCUCGGCAUUCGUCGUCACUCUCUGUCCUUCUUGCUCCCCGUGGCUGCCUGCGCUUUUUCCCCGCCCACCAUUAUAUCGGUACCCCCGCUUUUUAGCAAUCCGUGCUCGGGCGGCCCGCAGGGCGACCCGCGGGGCCGCGGAGCGGAUUGUGCAUCCGGUAGCUUAGGAUCGGUAGUCCUCGGUGACAUACUCAAUACCACUGCUGUAGAAUAGCACGGCACGGAAACAACAGUGUUUGAUAUAGUUUGAUUAUUUUAUUUCAAUUAAUUUUUGCAUAUCCUGCAAUUUUUCUAAAAUACAUUUGACAAAAGUGUGACUACAUCCACGCAGGACAAUGAUAUUAUCAACAACGCCCGAUCACUCUAUUGAUACAACUUUUCACUUUGCCCUUCAAGAUUUGUAUUUCGUACUGCUUAUGUUUACCUAGAGAACUGAACGGAGCGCGACGACAAACCGCAGACGAUUUUUUUUUUAUUCAGUCUUUCGCCCGCUGUCCCCUUUUUUUUCGCAGACUGGGAAUUCGGGCGACAGUUCGCUUUUUUGGUAGUGUGUGAUCUUCAUCCUCCUCGCCGCACGACCAAUGCCCUUUUUUAC